AUGGAGGAGGCGGAGGCUUCGACGGCUCGUUUGGCUCCUUCCUUUUAUCCUCGGUUUGAACAGAAGAAUCGUCUCUGCGGUGCUGCGGCAGUACGGUGCACCCAGUGUGGGAAAAGUGUGUCCAGAGCGUCAGGUCACCACCAGGAACUUCAGUGUGGACAUACCUUUUGUGAAUUGUGCUUGUUAAUAACUGAAGAAAACAACACAAUUACUUGCCCUGAUUGUGAGGUUGUUACAACUGUAAGUACAAGCCAAGGAUACUGCCCAAUAGAUGGAUAUAUUAAAGAAGAUUCUUUUGUGGGAAAACUGCAACCUAAAGUGACAAAGAAUUGUUCUCAAGAUUUAAAAAAGACUGUGGAUCAGCUAACUAUUGGUUUAGAGAAUUCAGUCUCCAUAUUCAGGACUGUUUUGAACCCAUCAACUGUAAUGGCGGAGACUAAAAUUGCAGAAGAAAUUGAUGAAGCAUUGAAGAUAGCAGGUUAUAAUUGUGAGCAAUUAAGUAUUACGAUAAAAAUGCUAGAACACAUGCAGAAUCAAACAAAAGCAGGGACAGACAGUCUGAUAGAGGUUCUUGAGAAACAGUUUGAUCAACUUUUUACUUCUCUCAACUCCAGGAAAAAGAACUUGUAUGAAGAAGUUGUAAGAAAUGCAGAUAAUUAUCUGUCAAAUGUAAUAAUGGCUAAAGACUACAUUGAAGAGAAAAAAAAAGAUUUGGAUGCAGCCAUGAAAAUAGCAAAAGAAUUAAAAUCAGCACCUUCUCUAAGGACAUACUGUGACCUGAAUCAGAUUAUCCGAACUUUGAAGUUAACAUAUGAAAGUGAGUUCUCAGAAGUGAGUUCUCUAAAGCAACGGCCCUCUUCCAGGUUGAAUCUGAAUUGUAGUGAGAUCAUCUGUAUGUUCAACAAAAUUGGAAAGAUUGAAUUUGAGGACUCAACAAAAUUUUCUCCCCAAGAAAAUAAAAUUGGACAGAAUGUGCAAAAGAAGUAUACUAAUAAAAAGGAAUUUUCUUGUUUGGAUGCCUACUUGUCACUAGAGGAGAACAAGUCUGAGCUCUCUGUGCUGAGUAAUGAAGCACCAUCGGCACCUUUGCAAUGUGGAGCCAGUGACGUGGGCUUAGAAACAAAGGACUGCCAUCCAAAGAAAGAAGUUGUUGCCAAAGCCAUUGCUGCUCUGCCACAAACGGGAUCUAGUCCUGACGUGAUCAUUGAAGAAAUUAUUGAAGAGAACCUGGAAACAUAUUUUACAGAUUAUUUUAUGGAAACACCUAGAAAUCAAAAACAGCCUCUUCAGAAAAAGACGUCUGUUUCUUUUGGAUCAAAAGCAGGCUCCCCAGAACUAGUUUUGGUAAGUCAUGUAAUACAUCCUUGCCACUUCUAUGUUCGGAAGUAUUCACAAAUAAAAGAUGCAACAUUAUUGGAAAAGAAGGUGAAUCAAAUUUGCAACAAGAGUUUACAUCUCAGUCCUUCAGAUAUUUUAGAACUAGGUGCAAGAAUAUAUAUCAACAGUAUUGAAAAUGGAAUGUGGUGUCGAGGAACUAUCACUGAAUUAAUUCCAAUAAAAAGUAAAGAUAUUAGAAAAUCUGGUAGUCCAACCAAGUACUCAGUCUGUGAAGUUGCACUAAUACAAAUAUUUAUGAUAGAUUUUGGAAAUUCUGAAGUCUUAAUUGUUCCAGGAGUUCAUGAUUCCCAUGUGAGGCCAGAACACUUUGCUGAGCAGCAUAUAGUACUGAGUGAUUUAAGUUUGGUACUAAGGAAGCCUGCAUCCUGUACUGAAGGACUGCUCAAUGAUAUCCAGCCAUUUGCCCAGUCAUGCUCACUGAAAGACAUUGUUCCACCACAUUCAAAUAAAGGCUGGGGAAAGGAAGCUAAAGUGGAAUUUUUGAAAAUGGUAAAUAACAAAGCUGUUUUAAUGAAAGUUUUUAAAGAAGAAGAUGAUAUGCUCAUUGUAGAUCUACAGAAACCACCAACAAAUAAAAUAAGUAGUGAUAUGCCGGUGUCUCUUAGAGAUGCAUUAGUUUUUAUGGAACUAGCAAGAUUUAGGUCACAAUCACCAAGAAGUCACGCUGAAAAAUGUACAAUUUUAGUCUAUAAUCCACCAGUUUUGCCUGAAGAAAUGACAGAUAUAUCAGUUAUGGUUUGUCACAUAAAUAGUCCUACUGAUUUCUAUCUUCAGUUGAUAGAGAACCUGGAUUUUUUGUUUCUGUUAAAGACAAUGGAGGAAUUCUAUAAAAAUGAAGACGGGGAAAAUCUGGAAAUCCUCUGUCCGGUUCAAGAUCAAGCCUGUGUAGCUAAAUUUGAAGAUGGCAUUUGGUACCGAGCUAAAGUCAUUGGAUUGCCUGGGCAUCGAGAAGUUGAAGUUAAAUAUGUUGACUUUGGAAAUACUGCAAAAAUAACACUUAAAGAGAUGCGUAAAAUCAAGGAUGAGUUUCUGAAUCCUCCAGAGAAGGCAAUUCGAUGUAAGCUGGCCUAUAUUGAACCAUGUAAAAAGACAAUGCAGUGGUCUAAAGAAGCUAAAGAAAAAUUUGAAGAAAAGACUCAAGAUAAAUUUAUGACAUGUUCAGUCAUUAAAAUUCUGGAAGAUAAUGUACUCUUAAUAGAGCUUUUUGAUUCCCUUGGUACUCCUGGAAUGACUCCUGCUAGUAUUAAUGACCAGCUAGUCAAAGAAGGUUUAGCAUCCUAUGAAGUAGGAUACACCAUCAAAGAUAAUUCCAAAAAGCAUAUUGAAGUGUGGGAUCCUUCUCCAGAAGAAAUUAUUUCAAAUGAAGUAAACAACUUAUAUCCUGUGUCUACAAAAUCUCUACCUAGUGAGAAUUUCCAGUCAUUUUAUAAUAAGGAACUACCUGUGCAUAUCUGCAAUGUAAUCUCUCCUGAGAAGAUUUAUGUUCAGUGGUUAUUAACAGAAAACUUACUUAAUAGUUUGCAAGAAAAGAUGGUUACUGCUUAUGAAAAUUCACAGUGGGAACCUAUUAAAUGGGAAAAUGAUAUGCAUUGUGCUGUGCUGAUCGCCAGUAAAAACCAGUGGCAAAGAGGCCAGAUCCUCAGAAAGGUUACAGACACACUGGUAGAGGUCUUGCUGUAUGACGUGGGUGUCGAACUAGUAGUGAGUGUUAACUGUCUAAGAGAACUUCAAGAAAAUUUAAAGACAAUGGGAAGAUUAUCUUUGGAAUGUGCACUUGUUGAUAUAAGGCCAACUGGUGGGAGUGACAAGUGGACAGCAACAGCUUGUGACUGUCUCUCAUUGUACCUGACUGGAGCUGUAGCAACUAUAAUCAUACAGGAAAACAGCACAAUGUGGCCAUUACCUGUGAAAAUUUUCUGCAGAGAUGAAAAAGGAGAACGCGUUGAUGUUUCUAAAUACUUGAUUAAGAAGGGUUUGGCUUUGAGGGAAAGGAGAUUUCAUAAAUUAGGUAACAGUGAUUUGUUCUCUGAGAAGUCUCUCAAAAUCUCCCUGGAACAUAAAGAUUCCGUAGUUACAAAGUGUAAUAAAAGUGACUAUGACCCUGACAAAAAAGCUGCGGAUACCUGUGAACACACGGUAUCUAAAUUUAAGGAGAAAAUUUUAGAACCAAAAACGACUGGAUGCUACAAACCACCAACUAUUCCUAACGUGAAAGUGUUUGAAGCAGUAGUCAGCUGCAUUGGUGAUGAUGGAACUAUUUUUGUAGUACCUAAAAUGUCAGAAUUUGAGCUAAUAAAUAUGAUGAAUGAGAUUCAAAAUAAUUUAAAAUGCCUUGGCCUUUUGGAGCCUUACUACUGGAAAAAAGGAGAAGCCUGUGCAGUAAGAGGAUCAGAUACUCUGUGGUAUCGAGGCAAAGUAAUGGAAGUUGUUGGUGGCACGAUCAGGGUACAAUAUUUAGAUCAUGGAUUCAUUGAGAAGAUUCCACAAUGUCAUCUUUACCCUAUUUUGCUAUACCCUGAUACGCCCCAGUUUUGUAUUCCAUGUCAGCUCUACAAUACCAUACCUGUCGGGAAUGUCUGGCAACCAGAUGCAAUAGGACUCCUCCAGGAACUGCUGUCAAAGAGAGAGGUGGAAAUUCACAUUAUGACACUACCUGAAAAUCCAUGGGAGAAGUUAUCUAUUCUUCUCUAUUUCGAUGGAAUGUCACUUUCUUUUUUUAUGGCAUACCAUACGUAUUGUACAGUUGGACAUUCUGAGGAAGUGUUGAAAGAAAAACCAACAGAUUGUAACAAAAAGUUUGAAGAGGAAAGUUGGGCGAUAAGGUUUGAGGAAUUACUUUUAUCUGAAACUGAGACGCCUAUUCUCCCACCAUAUUUGUCAUCAUCUCUACCUCCUCCAGAAGAACUCUAUGCUGUUCAAGUUAAGCACGUUGUCUCACCUAAUGAAGUGUAUAUUUGCAUUGACUCUGUAGACAAUUGUAAUCUGGUUUCCCAACAUAAUGACACAGACGAUGAUGGAGUCAGCUGGGACUCGGGAUCUGAGAGCCUUGAUGAAGCACUACAAAGACUUAAUAAAAAUACAGAGAUAUUACUUCCUCUCACAGAUUUUAGAACAGAAAUGCCUUGCUUUGCAGAAUAUGAUGAUGGUUUAUGGUAUAGAGCAAAGAUUGUUUCCAUUAAAGAAUUUAAUCCUCUGGCUGUCCUGGUACAAUUUGUUGAUUAUGGCUCAACUGAAAAGCUGACAACAAACAGACUGCGUCAAAUUCCUCUUCACCUUAUGCAGUAUCCAACCCGAGCCAUAAAAGUUCUCUUGGCAGGAUUUAAACCUCCCAUAAAAGAUUCAGGCAAGACAAGAAUACCAUAUUGCCCCAAAUGGAGCAUGGAAGCAUUGUGGGCUUUGAUAGACUGUCUUCAGGGAAAACAACUUUAUGCAUCUUCCAUGACUCAGGCACCAGAACAAACAGUGAUGUUAUAUGAAGAUGAACAAUACCCAGUCCAUAUGUCCUUAGUAGAAAUGGGGCUUGCAGACAAAGAUGAAUGA